AAUAAUGCCCGUGCACCAGUUAACCUUUCCCAAUAUAGAACUAUCCUCGACAGACCUUCUAUCCAAGUGCUUUCUCCUAAUGUAUUCCUAGUCAUGAGCUGGGCCAUGCCUUCCCAUAUUUAUUACUUCAUCCAAGAGGUAUCAUUUUAAAAAAAAAACCUAACUGAAGAUAUCAGCUGAAAUGAGCUGUAAAAAGUAUGUGAUAGUGAAAUAUUUCACCAGAACUAAAAAAUUGACUUGUUUUUGUGCAGAAUCAUGUUAUGCUGACACAAGUGUAAGAAAUCUGGUUUUCUAGCUGUACUGUAUAGAUGUUACCAUCACUUUUAAUAAAAAAAAUGUUUAAAAUAUUCAGUAAAACAACUAAGAAUACGAAAUGCAUUAUUCAUCCUGAUGUCUUAAACAUCUAUAAACCAGUCGGCUUAGAAUGAUCAGUUUCCAACCCAACACCAUUGAAGAAACUGAAUUCCGCUCGCACCAAAUUUCACGUCGCAAUACCAGACACUUACAUAGCGAUCUCCGUGCACGUGAGAGCUCUUUCACUCGGUCAUGUGUUUUUCAGUCACAGUAUCAGGGAAGCCGAAACAUGACAGGUACUCAUGAAGAGUUCUUCUCCUCUGUGCAUGUUGUGGCUACAGGUAAAGGUCAUUAUUCGGUAUAUCAGCCCAAUGCUAAGUAUGCAGAGUCACGGCCCGAUAGUGUCACUGGUCAGACGGCUCAGAGAAACUUGGCCUCUUCUGGAGAUGGGGAAUCAUCAAAUCCAGAAUUACUCAGGAGUUUUAAGCAUCAUAUCAGUAACUUGUCGUCAGCAAAAUCUUUGAGUAAGCUGCCACAAAGUGACAUUGAGGAUAGAACACGUCUUACUGUGUCACAGACGGAGGACAGUCAAUCCAAUCGGAAUGGAUUUAAAAAUCUGGUCAAUGACAGAGGCCGGAGAGUAAAUGGGAGGAUGAAGAAUGAAAAGAAGGCGGAUGGCUCGACAUGUUCCUGUAAAUCUUAUCACAUCCACACAUUCUCCAAACCAGACUUUUGUCGAGUCUCAGACAAUUACAAUGUUGAGUUUGAAGUAUCUCUUUCUCAAAUACGUUCAAAUCUUGUCGAAGCCAAUGAAAAGCAUUUGAUCAUAUGUAACACUUUCUGGAGGCCGUUUCUGGCAAUAAGUGAAUUUCACGAUGGAGAUGAUGUGGUACAGUUUACAUCCCUUUGGCACGAGGAAGGGAAUCUCAAGGAACUGCUCCGUGAUGGAAUACAGAAUACAGUUCUUAGAACAGCCAUAUCGGAUCUUACGCUGAUGGCAGUGUCAGUCGGCCCACUACAGCUACUCAAAUCACUUAUAGACUUGUCUCUUGUGCGUGUCGAUAGUCUACUAGAGGAUGGUGCUGGCUUACUACACCAUGCUUGUGUGUUCCGGAGGUCAGACAUCAUACAGUAUCUAGUCCAUGUGGGCGUGUCACCUUCAUUGAAGGACAGACAGGGUAAUACUGCAGACCAGUGCUGUUUCUCAAGUGAGAUACGACGAUCCUUGCCUACAAAGUUCCAUAUUCAGACAGGCGGGGGACGAGGGGUCAGCGUUAAGGGGUCGGGGGUGUGGGGAUCAGGGGGCUUCAGUAGGGGACACAUACUAAAACCAAGUAUACAGGAUAAGGAUGUCAUCUUCUCGAUGGCUGCUGCAGCUGAUUCUCUGAUGGAGCUACAGAAAAGAUUACAGAUGUUUGAAUUCAAUGUAAAUACCGAGUGCAAUAGUUACGGUGACUUCAUCAUUCACGUAGCAGUAAAGGGAGGUCUCUGCCAAUUACCACUGAUGAUGCUUCUGGUCAAAGUCCAACAGGCAGAUGUGGAACUUUGUAACUUCAAGGGCAUGACUCCCCUGAUGAUGGCUGCCCAGGCGGGAGAUCCCAUUCUGUGUGAGGUGCUGAUUUGUGUGUUUGGAGCCAGACCUAACAAGUGUAAUGUCCAUAACGGAAAGAGUCCUCUACACUACGCCGCCCAGUACAACCACGUAGACACCGUAAGCUGUCUAAUCCGACGAGGAGCUGACUUUAAUCGUGAGGAUCACAAUGGAAUGAGACCAGAUGAUUCUAGGACAGGCACAUACGGGGACGACUGUCUUAAUAUAAUAUCUACCCUCAGGGCCCAGAGAUGUGAAAACCUCAGUCGUCUGACCAUUGAGGGUAAACUGAGAUCUCAAGAGCUGAAAGAAUCGGACAUCAGUGUUGUUAACUCUGACGGGUUUACGUUACUCAUGGUGGCAGCUCUCCACAACAGGGUAGACAGCAUGAAAGUCAUCCUGGAUUUUGAUAACAGCAGAAUAAAGUCUUUUAUCGAUGCUCAGUAUUGUCAGAUGCAAGGUGUCUAUGAUGGGAGCCUCCGGACUGGAAUGACCGCUCUGGCUAUAGCUGCUUACCAUGGUCACACAGUGUGUGUUAGGAUGCUGCUCCAAAGGGGAGCUAACCCUGUGAUUGGCGAUGUGGAGGGUUAUCUGCCCCUACACCAUGCUGUAGUACAGAACCAUGAAGAAGUUGUGGAUGCCAUGUUGAUACAGGAUUAUUUCCCCUUUACAUACAGUGGACUUUACCAGGCCUGCACCAUCAGUAAGAAAACAUCAUUAGACAGAAAACUGAGAGAUGCUUGGAAAAUACGACAAGAGAAAAUCGUGAUGACCGAGUUGAUGUCAUGUGCGAUGAGUGGGAAAGCUGAGGAACUUUAUCGUCUCCUUGAGGAUGGGGACAACCUCAAUUCACAGACUGGAGUAGGCAGUUAUCCCUUAUACCUUGCUGCAGAAAAUGGCCAUUUGGAUGUCGUGAAACUUCUAUGUGAGAGGGGUGCGGAUGUGAAAAAGCGCCAUGUUUCUUCCGGCUCCACUGCCCUACACAUUGCAGCCAGGAUGGGCAAACUGGAUGUUGUCCAAUAUCUCCUCAAUUUCACCACCACAUGUAGCAACUCGGAACAUACUGGUGAUCGAUGUUCUCAAUCUCGUCGCAAACUUAACGUUAAUGCUGUGAAUGCAGAUGGCAAGACGGCUCUACAACUGGCUGCAGAAAAAGGCUACAUGCAGAUUGUGAAACUGCUGUUGUCACGGGGAGCCACGACAGCACUACUUGACGGCCAUGGUGUCCUGUUUUCUCUUCCUGAGUAUGCCUACGGUGGGGUGUUUAACGAGAUUGAGUCUCAUCGACACAAACAUACAAACGACGUGAUGAAACUCAUUCGGAACAAGUCUAAAAAGAGGCUACAGGAGUUACGCAAAAUAUGGAAGCCUCCUUUUGACCAUAACCUGCGGGACAGGAAAAGCGACACACCUUUGAUGGUGGCAUGUAGAGUAGGUCAUACGGAGGUGGCCAACUUCCUGUUAGCUUCAGCUGUGUACAAACAGAACACCACAGAGUCUGAUACUGGGUCAGAUUCGGAUGCUGACUCUGGUGUUCUUGAUGCUGCUACAGUCACCAGUGGCACCACAAAGCUAGAAGAUUCUGGAGAAUCUUUUGAGAAGCAUAAUUCAGCAUAUCAGAGAAAGAAUUCUGAGUCAGACAGCGGUGAAACGCAAACAGGGCAGUGGGGUCAGAUGAGUGGAGAAAGUAUUCGGCCUCCAAGUCGUGUAGAGAGCCUUCUGAGUGAUGUGGAGAAGCCAAAAGGCCUGUCAAUCUAUCACGAUGGAUUUGUUAGCCAUGUGUGUGCAGUCAAUUUCCUGGAUGGUUCUAUGCCAAUUCACAGAGCCCUAGAAGGGGGAGAUAACCAUUUGAUAUUGGAAAGCUUGCUUCGUGCCGAUGUUACAUGUAUCAAUACUCAGAACUCUGCUGGUUUUACACCGCUACACCUCGCCUGUAAAUUGGUCAGGAAGAAAUCUCUGGACAAACUACUGACCACAGACGGUAUUGACAUUAACCUUUUGACCUUGACCGGUCAGCUAGCUGAGGAAACAAGCAGUAACAAAUCAGUCAUCAAAAUGGUACAAAAGGCCCGUAAAGGCCACCCAGUCAGACAAAGGAUGCCAAAUGCUGCCUUUACGGUGUCACCCUCUUCGUCAGUGUCGGAAGCUGCACGCUACCACAAACCUCCAAGUACGACAGGCUCCACCAUUAGUCUGGAGAAGGUCCACGAACGAUUCGAACAGCUCAAACAUUCUCAUCAAAUCAGAGAGAGCAAAGACACUAGUAAGAAGUAGUCUGAAUUUUCUUAAUGAAGGGACAUGAUUUCAGCGCUGGUAAUUGACUAAAUUGGGUUUUGUUGUUAAGGUAUUACGAACACGUACCUCAUGUGUUUAUGACUUGUUUACUUGUGUGUGAAAUCUAGUGACUCAAAUGUUGGAGUAAAGUACUGUAGCCAUGGUUAUGAAAACCGCCCUCCAGGGUUGGAGUAAAGUACUGUAACCAUGGUAAUGAUAACCACCCUCCAGGGUUGGAGUAAAGUAUUGUAGUCAAGGCUAUGAAAACCACCCUUCAGGGUUUGAAGUAAAGUAUUGUAGUCAAGGCUAUAAAACCCCCCUCCAGGGUUGAAGUAAAGUAUUGUAGCCGAGAAUAUGAAAUCCACCCUCCAGGUAUUGUAGUCAAGGCUAUGAAAACCACCCUUCAGGGAUAGAGUAAAGUAUUGUAGCCGAGGAUAUGAAAACAACCCUCCAGGGUUGGAUUAAAUUAUUGUAGUCUAGGAUAUUAAAAUUACAUUCCAGGGUUGAAGUAAAGUAUUGUAGUAUAGCAUAUAAAAACCGCCCUCCAGGGUUGGAGUAAAGUAUUGUAGCCGAGGAUAUAAAACCACCCUCCAGGGUUAGAGUAAAGUAUUGUAGUCGAGGCUAUGAAAACCCCCCUCCAGGGUUGGAGUAAAGUAUUGUAGUCAAGGAUAUAAAAACCCCCUCCAUGGUUAGAGUAAAGUAUUGUAGCCUUGGAUAUGAAUACCACCCUCCAGGUAUUGUAGGCAAGACUAUGAAAACCACCCUUCAGGGAUAGAGUAAAGUAUAAUUGGACCUCCAUGGUUUGAAUGAAAAUUCGAAUUACGCUAUUUAGGUGUAUGAUAGGUUUACUGGAGGAAAGACAUAUUCUUAUAUAAUCAGAAAAGAAAUCUGUCAUCCAUUCACACACAACAAAUGAAAAUUAUGUAAUGUAAGAGGGAAAAGGUCCACAGGGUUGAAAUGAUGUCAGACAGGAGACGGGGGAAUGGUCUACUCCAACAAUGUUGGAGGUUUUACACGGCGAGAUACUUUUGACAGGCACCGUGUCGCAGUCGGCGAAAUCAUAUCCGAUAGAAAAAGAGCCGACCAGCGGCCUCUUAUGAGAGUAGGGAAUGGUCAUGAUAUAUAAUGUAAAUGAAUUGUGACCACACCUGAAUACAUACAUUGAGACAACGUUAUACAUAUUUAUUCGGAUAAUGUGAUUUCUCUUCCCAUGAUAUGGUGCAUAAUACAUUUUGUUUUCAUUUUGAUUAUGAUAAAAUGUUUCAUUUGAAAGGCUCGUGUUGUUAAUGUUCAAAUUCUCAGGUGUUUGAUUUAUACACUUGUUGUCAAUAAAUUUUAUCUGUCAUUGA